AGAGAGAGGCAAUCUGUAAUUAGCUACAUUUUUUUCUCUUUCUCUCUCUCUCUCUCUUCUUCUUUUCCCGCCGCUCAGAAAGGACUUACUCGUCGUUGCGCUCUUGUUUCCCCCUCCUCCAUGUCUGCAGGCUGUGGGAAGGAUAAGAUGCACCCCCCGUGGAGUUGCUCCACAACAAGAAUGUCACCCACUUCUGCUGGAGCUCAGUUUUAAGUAUUGAUCCGUUAUAUAUUGCGUGUGUUGACUUUGUUUUAUUGUGUAUUGCGUGGUGCAUUUCCAGCCCAAGCGGACACAGCUGAAGCCUUUUUUUUUCUUUUUCUGCGAGGCUUCGCCAUUCAACAAGCUGGCAGCGAGGCGAUGGGCACAGCGAGCUUCCAUCACGGACCGCGUCUCGGCUCUUGCGUAGCCCAGCUUGUUGAUUCUCCUCCCCGGUGACGAGCAAGAAUGGCUACGCUUUAAGAAAGUUCCCCCCCUUCCUCCCUAGCCCUCCGCUUCUGUCUUCCACUCGAUAUUUUAAAGUUAAACAUGGCUCGUCCAGUUCUGGGCUCUCUCUGGAGAGUGGUUUUCCUCACGCGGACUCUGCUGGACCUGACGCGGGCUCAGGAGACUUACGCGCCGCAUUCGGUCCGGACCGAGGGCCAGUUGACCAUCGGCGGACUUUUCCCCGUUCACGCCAGAGGGGUGGACGGUGCGCCGUGUGGGGACUUGAAGAAAGAGAACGGCAUCCAGCGGCUGGAAGCCAUGAUGUACGCCUUGGACCAGAUCAACCAGGACGAGCAACUCUUGCCCAACAUCACCCUCGGCGCCCGGGUGCUGGACACUUGUUCAAGGGAUACCUAUGCGCUGGAGCAGUCUCUAACUUUUGUCCAGGCCCUCAUCACCAAGGACACCUCGGAUGUGAGAUGCACCAACGGGGAGCCGCCGGUUUUCGUCAAGCCUGAAAAAGUGGUGGGCGUCAUCGGAGCCUCAGCGGGUUCGGUAUCGAUCAUGGUUGCCAAUAUCCUGCGCCUCUUCCAGAUCCCUCAGAUCAGCUAUGCGUCGACAGCUCCGGAGUUGAGUGACGACCGGCGCUAUGACUUCUUCUCAAGAGUGGUUCCUCCAGACUCCUUUCAGGCCCAGGCCAUGGUGGAUAUAAUUCGAGCGUUGGGAUGGAGUUACGUUUCCACCAUCGCUUCAGAAGGCAGCUAUGGAGAGAAAGGAGUGGAGGCCUUCACACAGCUCUCCAAAGAAGCAGGAUCACAGGGUGGAAUCUGCAUUGCCCAGUCUUUGAAAAUUCCUCACAACCCCAAGCUGGAGGAUUACGACAAAGCCAUUCAACAACUAUUGGAAACUCAACACUCCAGGGCAGUCAUCAUCUUUGCCAAUGAAGAAGACAUACGGGGAGUUCUGAAUGCCACUAAAAGGGCCAAUCACGUGGGCCAUUUCCUCUGGAUUGGAUCUGACAGCUGGGGAACCAAAAGCAGCCCCAUCCACCAGCUUGAGGAUGUAGCAGUGGGAGCGAUCACCAUACUGCCCAAGCGCUCCUCUAUCAAAGGGUUUGAUGAAUACUUCACCGCACUCACGCUAGAGAACAAUCGAAGGAACGUUUGGUUUGCUGAAUUCUGGGAGGAGAAUUUUAACUGCAGGCUUCUCAGUACAUCCAAGAAAGAAGACACCACUCGUAAAUGCACAGGUCAAGAGCGCAUCGGGAUCGACUCCAAGUAUGAGCAGGAAGGAAAAGUGCAGUUUGUGAUUGAUGCGUUGUACGCAAUGGCCCACGCGCUACACAACAUGCAGAGGGACCUGUGUCCCGACCAUCCUGGCGUUUGUCCACAAAUGGAGUCUGCUGAGGGCAAAAUUUUGCUCAAGUACAUCCGGAAUUCCAGCUUCAACGGCAGUGCUGCCACCCCGGUGGUCUUUAAUAAGAACGGUGAUGCUCCAGGACGCUAUGACCUGUUCCAGUUCCAGAUGACCAACUCCUCCAUGCCCGAGUAUAAGAGGGUAGGACAGUGGGUGGAGACCCUCCAGCUCAAGCUGGAGGAGCUUCAGUGGCCCGAUGGCGAACAGGAGGUGCCCAUCUCUGUGUGCAGUCUGCCUUGUAAGACCGGAGAGAGGAAGAAGAGGGUCAAGGGGAUGCCAUGCUGCUGGCACUGUGAGCUCUGUGAUGGCUACCAGUACCAGUAUGACGAAACCUCCUGCAGACUGUGUGCAUAUAACAUGAGGCCCGAACCGAACAGAACUGCCUGCCAGCCCAUCCCUAUCAUCAAGCUGGAGUGGCACUCCCCCUGGGCAGUCAUCCCCGUCUUCCUGGCCAUGCUCGGAAUCAUUGCCACCAUUUUUGUCAUGGCUACAUUUGUGCGCUACAAUGACACACCCAUUGUGCGCGCUUCGGGCCGAGAGCUGAGCUACGUGCUGCUGACCGGCAUAUUUCUGUGUUACAUCAUAACCUUUCUCAUGAUCGCCAAGCCUGACGUAGGCGUGUGCGCCUUCAGGAGGAUCUUCCUGGGUCUGGGUAUGUGCAUCAGCUACGCAGCGCUGCUCACCAAGACCAACCGCAUUUAUCGGAUUUUCGAGCAAGGAAAGCAGACGGUCACGGCCCCCCGCUUCAUCAGCCCAACGUCUCAAAUCGCCAUCACUUCCAGUUUGAUCUGCGUCCAGCUGCUGGGUGUGCUUGUGUGGUUUGCCGUGGACCCUCCCAACACCAUUAUAGACUAUGAUGAGCAGAAAACCAUUAACCCCAUGCUGGCCCGUGGCGUACUGAAGUGUGACAUUACAGACCUCCAGAUCAUCUGCUCACUGGGCUACAGCAUCCUGCUGAUGGUGACCUGCACCAUCUACGCCAUCAAGACCAGAGACGUACCAGAAGACUUCAACGAAGCCAAACCCAUCGGCUUCACCAUGUACACCACCUGUAUCGUCUGGCUGGCCUUCAUCCCUAUUUUCUUUGGCACGGCCCAGUCUGCUGAGAAGCUCUACAUUCAGACAACUACCCUUACCAUCUCCAUGAACCUGAGUGCCUCAGUAGCACUGGGCAUGCUCUACAUGCCCAAGGUGUACAUCAUUAUCUUCCACCCUGAGCUGAACGUACAGAAGAGGAAACGUAGCUUCAAGGCGGUGGUCACAGCCGCUACGAUGUCAUCACGUCUGUCCCAGAAGCCCAGUGAAAGACCCAAUGGAGAAGCCAAGACUGAGCUGUGUGAGAACCCUGCCACUGACCCCAUGAGUCAAGCAACCAAGAAAACAUACGUGAGCUACAACAACCUCAGGAUCUGAGGUGCCGGAGGGGAGAAACACUGCUUGUCCGUCAUUUGUGAUUGAAGAGAACGCUAGAGAAGCUCCACAGAAACGGGAGACGAGCGCAGGCAUCCCAGCACCACCUGCAGCACCAGUACACUCACACCGGGAUGGUGGACCGCAUCCCAACCCCAUCCAGACUUGAGAGAGACUAGCGGUGCUGUGGGCUGCUGAGGCCUCCUGUUGAAGCAAAGUGUUGACAUUAUUGACCCGGCCGACCCUGGCGGAGAACAAGCCGCCCGCUAAAAGGGUCACCAAGGACAGUGGAUCUGCUUACAAGAUACUUUCUUUUAAAAUGUCAUUAAAGCCAUAUUCUCUUGGGGUUCUCAUUAUCUGAUUUCUCUCCUGUACUGUUUCUAAGUGAUUUUUUUCUUCUGUGCCUCUAUUGCUCCAAAUACAUCGAAUUACCUUGAACAGCGAGCUCUGCCACACAAUAUAUUUUUUUUCUUUGCCACAAAUCAACUUAAAGGAAAAAAAAGUCAGUCCCAUACGGCAAGUUUAUUUGAGUGAUGGGCGUUGUACGUACAUAUAUUUUUUUUGUAAAUAUUUGAGAGUAUUUUCAUGUUUGGAGUACAAAAAAUAGAUAACAGUCAGUGUUCAGUGGGAGUUGGAUGGUUAAGAAAAGCACCACAAAGUGUUGACUUUGCAUGUGCCAAUGUAUGUCUGUUCUAUUUGAUGUAAGCAAAAACAGUGUAAAAAAAAUAAAUGAUAAUAAUGAUAAUGAGCUUUGGCACUCCGGCGCCUUGUUUUCUUUACCCGAACUCGUUCAAAGGACAGAAUAUGGCUUUAAUUUGGUGAUGGAUUGACUCCCUCCUGUAUGUGCAAGCAUGUUUGUUUUUCGUAACCCUCCGUUCUGUUACCUAGCAACCUUGUGAGAAACUAUGAAUAUCAGAGCGAACGUGCAAGUUUGUUGUGAUGUCUGUCAAAUUAUGAACAUGUAAUAAAUGCGUUUGUUAUCUUUUAUACAAUGAAA